AUGAAGGCGGAGCGUGAACAAAAAGCCAAACCCAUUGGGCCAACAUCGUCGCUCAUCAGCUGGCUAAACGAUCAUUCUGAAGAUUCUGGUCUGAUUUUUUUUCGUAUAUCAGUUUAUUAUUCAUUUAUAUCAACAUCGCCCGUCCUCAUUCUUCAAAAGUAUAGCAUUUCGUUGAUGUCACUGAAUUUUUCCGUUGAACGACUCGUUGAAAACGCUGAGAAAUCGGAAUCACAAGAAGGUAGAAUGGCUCCGAUUUCACAAACUUUAUCCUAUUUUGAUGUCUUACUACCUCAUAUACAGGUUAGUAUAAUAGUUAUUUUCUUAUUACGCAAAUGGAAAUCUACAACUUCUGACACUCAGAUGGCGUCAGCGAAUCCAUUCUUGACUGGAAUAUCUGGUACACCUUCAAGUACAAGUCGUCUCUGGUCACAACAUUGGGUAGAACUUCUACAACAAGCGAAUUCGUCGCAAUUUGGUGAUGUUGCUGCCGGAUUAUUUCUACAACCACUCCGAAAAAAUAAACGUAUUCGUACCGCAUUCUCACCGUCUCAACUUCUUCAAUUAGAACGAGCUUUCGAAGGAAAUCACUAUGUUGUCGGCACUGAAAGAAAACAGCUCGCCCAUCGUCUAGCGCUCUCUGAAACUCAGGUCAGCUAUCAGUUUCCUAUUAUUUCAGAGAUUUUUUUGACUGAAAUAUUGGUUUCUAUGAGCUCAUGGUAG